GUUUAGUUUACAGUAGUUGGUUCAUGCUUUGGGGGUGGAGGCAUGAAUGAAAAUUGAUCUGUUUGUUUGUUGGAUCACUCAGGGACAGAGACAGAGACAGAGACAGAGACAGAGUGUACAUUUGUAGCUAUGGAAGCUUCAGAUUCUCCGCUAAAUCCUCCUCCUCCUUCUGUCUUCUUGUGCUUCAUCCUUCCGCUGAUUCUCACUUCUCUGCCACACCUAGUUGCUUCGCAGUGCAAGAACCCACCACUCAUCUUCAACUUUGGCGAUUCCAACUCUGACACUGGUGGACUCGCUGCCGGACUUGGCUUCCCCAUCGACCUCCCCAAUGGCCGUUCCUUCUUCCGCACAUCAACUGGCAGAUUGUCCGAUGGACGCCUCCUCAUCGACUUCCUCUGCCAAAGUUUGAAUACAAGUCUGCUUAGGCCAUACCUAGACUCAUUAUCAGAGUCCAAGUUCAGUAAUGGUGCAAACUUUGCAGUUGUGGGGUCAUCAACACUUCCCAAAUAUGUUCCUUUCUCGCUCAACAUUCAGGUUAUGCAGUUCCUUCACUUCAAGGCCGUAACUCUUCAAGGCAGUACAGCUGAUUCAGGGUUUAAAAUCAGUAAUGAAGGCUUUCGGAAUGCCCUUUAUAUGAUUGAUAUUGGGCAAAAUGACGUUGCUGAUUCAUUUUCCAAGAAUAUGUCAUAUAUUCAAGUAACAAAAAGAAUUCCAUCCAUUAUUACAGAGAUAAGCAAUGCUGUAAAGACUCUAUAUGAUCAAGGUGGCAGAAAAUUUUGGGUUCACAAUACAGGGCCAUUGGGUUGUCUCCCUCAGAAACUCACGUUGGUUCAAACCAAAGAGCUGGAUACCUGUGGAUGUCUUUCAAGUUAUAAUGCAGCAGCGAGGUUGUUCAAUGAAGCACUACGCCAUUUGUGCCAAAGGUUGAGAUCAGAGUUGAAGGAUGCUACUAUAGUAUAUGUAGAUAUAUACGCCAUCAAGUAUGAUCUCGUUGCCAACUCCACAAAAUAUGGUUUCACAAAUCCACUAAUGGCAUGCUGUGGGUAUGGAGGACCUCCAUACAAUUAUAACAUAGAUAUCACAUGCGGUCACUCCGGCUCUCAGGUUUGCAAUGAAGGAUCACAAUUUAUAAACUGGGAUGGAAUCCAUUACACAGAAGCAGCCAAUGACAUUAUAGCUUCGAAAGUACUUUCAAGAGCUUAUUCCACUCCGAGCACUGCGUUUCAUUCCUUCUGUAGCAAUUGAAUGUGUUGAUUCCAUUCCAGGACAAUGUGGUGGUGUUCUUGGUCUCUUGUAUCCCAGUGAAACCCAUGAUAAUCUCUUAAAAGGGGAGAGAUUUUCAUUUUGUUGAAGGAAUGAAGAAUUUGAUACAGGUGCUCCUGCUCGCUUAAUUUAAUUUAUUCAUUUGCAUGGACUAGUUUUUUUUAUAUGGACGGGUGAAAUCAUGUCUGUCAAAGUCAGGAA